AUGGCACUACCGGCUUCCGCGUACAAGGAUCGAGAAUUCCUAGCCGUCAUAGGCGACGAAGCGAGUGCAUCCCACCCUUCUCUCCGCUCUCCAACUAACAUACACCUCCUCAGGACUCAGUGACCGGCAUUCUGCUUGCAGGCGUGGGCGUACGGUCUCCCUAUGAUCCCUUUCUUCAGCACCUCAAGCUUACAGGGUCCCUAUAGCAUGUCACAGCUCCACCCGAUUCGCAAAAGAACUACCUCGUCGUCGAUUCGAAAACCGAAAACUCCACCAUCGAAGGCGCAUUCGAGCAGUUUACGAAACAGAGGAAGGAUAUUGCGAUUCUGUUGAUAAAUCAACACGUGAGCAAGAUCAGGGUUUCUAUUCAGGGGAUGGACUGCUGACUGGUGGUGGUCAUAUAGAUUGCCGACCGGAUACGAGGGCAAGUCGAUGCGUUUUCGGAUGCUUUCCCCUCCGUGCUGGAGAUCCCGAGCAAGGACCAUCCAUAUGAUCCUGAGAAGGACAGUGUGAUGAAGAGGGUGAGGAAGCUGUUUGGAGAGUGA